UUUUAUAUCAAUUUACGAAUAAGCAAAAUCAUUAAACAAAACACAUAAAUAUAAUAGUACAUGUGGAAUUUAGUAAGGAAAAAAACUCGUUCUGCUGUUCCUCUACCGAGGCCGAUGUUGCAAGAUGGUGCAACGUGACACAGUCUAUUUAUAUCCGCGUCUGAACAUCGUCCCGUGGACGUAAAUAAGUAAACAGAAACUAUCAGGAAUCAAUUUGGCGUCGGUCCAAAGUCGCCUCACCUGCCGGAGAUCCGAGUUGCCGCACGUAACCCCAAAUUUAAUUCAUAAAAUUUUUCGUACGUCAUUAGAAUUGAUCGCAGCAUCCCAUCACGCCUGCACCGUGCUUUAUCUGCAUUCCGCUGCGUUGCCUCCCCGCUGUGGCGUACGCCACGGUAAAAUAAUAUUUUGGCAAUAAAACAAUAGAGCAAUUGUGACAAUAAAAUAAGGCCAAAUACCGCUUCGCAUGUGACAUCUUUCAGAGGGAGUCGCAUUCAUCAAAUAUAUUUAGAAUAUGCGAAAAGUUCACGCUGAUUAGAAGCAUAUGGUCAGUGCUAGAGCGCUUUAUGACAUUUUGGAUCAGCUUUUGAAUACCAGCCACAUGGAUUAUUGCAUUUUGGGAAUCGAUAUAGGGACCACGUCGGUCAAGGCCAGCAUAAUCACCACUAAGAACAAUCAAGUGGAGGCCCAUUAUGUUAAGGACACGCAAGCGAACAUACCCCCCAAAACGGAUUUUGGAGAGAACAAACAGGACGUCUCGAAAAUCAUAUCGGCAAUGAAUUUCUGCGUUUCCAAGUUGCCUAAACCUCUGCUUAGUCAAGUGUCAGCCAUAGGAAUAUGUUGCCAAAUGCAUGGCGUAACUUGUUGGACUCAUACUUCGAAGCGUCAAGCUUGGAACAUCGUGGAAAAGGAUAAAAACGUCAGAUAUGAUGUGAUACCAGAGAAUAUUUCGCCUCUUUACACUUGGCAAGACACCAGAUGUGAUAAGAGCUUUUUGGACAGGCUUCCUAGGCCACACUCGCACAUAAACAUUGCUACUGGUUAUGGCAUUCCCACCUUAUUCUGGCUGACAAAAUACGAGAGUCAAUUAUUGAAACAAUUCAACUGUGCUGGUACAAUAGGGGACUUUGUUGUUGCCAUGCUGUGCAAUCUGGAUAAGCCCGUAAUGUCGGAACAAAACGCAGCCAGUUGGGGAUACUACAAUUGCCUAACGGGUACUUGGAACACGGACAUUUUGACCGCCUACAAUUUUCCAAUGCAUUUACUUCCUGAAGUGGCGCCUGCAGGUACUACCGCCGGAUAUCUUACUGAGAACUGGCAUAGCAUUCCUGCUGGAACGGCUAUUGGUGUCGCUAUGGGAGACAUUCAGUGCAGCGUUUUGUCCUCGAUUCAGAGCAACAAAGAUGCCAUUUUGAAUAUAUCUACUUCGGCUCAAAUUACUUAUGUUGCCAACAAAUUUCAGCCAACAGGUGGUCCUCCAUUGCCAGGACCAGUAGAGUAUAUUCCAUAUUUCAAUCAUACGUAUGUUGCCAUUGCUGCCUCCUUAAAUGGAGGAAAUUGCUUGGCUACUUUUGUUAAAACCCUUCAGCAAUGGGCUCUAGAAUUGGGAUAUUCAGUUCCUCAAUCCAAAGUAUGGGAUAAAGUACUAUAUCUUGCAAACGAAGAUACUACAAAUUCUGAUUUAAAGAUUCGACCAACCUGCCUGGGUGAGCGACAUAAUCCAGAAAUGAAAUCUAGCGUUUAUAAUAUAACCAUGAAUAAUCUUCAACUAGGAACGGUCUUUAAAUCACUUUGUAGAGGUUUAAUAGAUAAUUUACAUGAUAUGAUGCCCAGUAGAUUACUCCACGAGGCGAAGAUUUCUCGAAUUUUAGGUAAUGGCAAAGGCCUAAUUCGCAAUCCGAUUCUACAAAAAAGCAUUGAGGAGGUCUUCCAGCUUCCAUUGGAGUUGGUACCCGGCGGAGAAGCGGCAACUGGCGCUGCCAUCGCUAUGAGUGAUGUCUUGGAAGGAUCAGUAUCUAAUCUUAGUCGAAGGAGCGAGACCGGAUCUCAAAAUAAAUUAACGCAAGUGUAAAAUAUUAAAUGAACAAAAUAGUUCAUCUUCUAGUUAAAUUAAAUUAUGAGUUGUUUUAAACUUGUCAAAUUUAAACAGCAGUGCAUAGAUUUUAAACUUUUUCACUUUCCUGCUAAAUAGAGUUUGUUUAUACUAUCUGGAUAUACAUUUAAAUUAAUUAUUCUGAUUGUUUCUUUAGGACGGAUGAAUACUAUUGAUGGAAGACAAUAAUGGAAUUGCAAGAACACAUUCUAGAAUCUAUUUUUUUUUUUUUUGUGAAUAUGUAUAUUUAUAUUAAAAUGUAUUUAGUAUAUAAUUUAAAUGAAAUAUUACAAUUUAUACACAAUUAUUUUAACCUUAAUUUACUAUUUUUAAAUGGUACUUCUCCCAUCAAUUGUUCCUAAAGUUUGGGGAAUAUCAUAAUUGAUAUUAAAGGUUUCCGUAUAAAGAUGUAUUCUAUAGAUUUAAAUACUAGUCUCUGGUAAUAGUAAAGCUUUAAAUGUAUUUAGUUAACUCAUAAACCACGGUGAAACUUAUCGCAGAAUUCCCAAACUUACUCAAUUAAUGUUAUUGUUAAGUUCAAUUUUCACCGCAAAUUCCAGUACUGAUAAAUUGCUUCUAGAGAUUAAAUUGUUUAAAAUAUUUUUAGAAAAAUAUAUACAUAUGUAAGAUAUUAUGUUAUUUGUUGCAAAUAAAAUUACCAAUCACUGAA